CCCCAGCCCUCUUCUGUCCCUGCGGAGACAGGUUACUCCCCCAGUGAUGGGUUAAAGGUGAAGCUCCGAGGAAGAGGACGCGCCCUGGAUUUAACCCCAAUAAACCUUGUAAAAGUCAUCGCAGCAGCGGGACGGCUAACUCGGAAGAACCAGAUGACCGCUUCGACUUCUCCGUUGUGGGAAGUGAAGUCAUUCAGGGUCAGCGGGCUUUACGCUUCCCGAACAUCAAGCCGGCUCGGCUCGGCCCGGUCCACCUCAAACAUGAGAUGAACGCUAAAGUCCCCACAAGCACCUGGAUCACCAAUAAAAGGCACACCUCAAAAGAGACACACCUUUUUUUGGGGGGUGGGGGGGACACGACAAGGUCAAAUUGAGAGAGGGAGAUGGAUAGAGAGAACGAUAGAUAGCUGGAUGGAUGGAUGAGAGAGAGAGAGAGAGAGAGAGAUGGGUCAUAGAUAGAUGGAUAGAGAGAGAGAUAGACAGAUGCACAGUCAAGAAACCGUAAACACCAAUAAAAGGCACACCUCAAAGAGACACCUUUUGGAAAAAGAGAGAGAGGGAGAGAUGGGUGAGUGAUUGAUAGAUAGAUGGAUGGAUGGAGAGAAACACAGAUGGAUAGACAGAGAGAGAGAGAGAGAAGAUGUAGGUAGAGAUGGCUGCAUCAUUGGUAGAUAGAUGGAUAGAUAGAAAGAAAGAUAGAUCAGAGAUACAGUAGAUAGAUAGAUGGGGAAUUGUUUGUUGUCAUCAUCAUCCUCUUCCUCAUCGGGAGGGUGCGUUUGAUUCGUUGCCAGUGACAUCAGCUGAGCGGUGAGUGUGCAGAAAAAGAAGGGCGGUGGGGGGUGGGGGUCUUGCGGGCAGCCGGAGCCACUCCUUGUCCUCCUCACUCGCGCACCGACUGCAGCGCAAGCAGCAUCGCGACACAGAAGAAGAAGAAGAAGAAGAAGAAGAAGAAGAAAAGGCGAGAGCGAGAGCGAGAGCACCGCGAGGAUGUCCGCACUGGUGCACAGCGCGGCUGCGGCGGCGGCGGCGGCGGCGACCGACGCGAUGCCGCCGAUGACGGAGCCGGCGGCGGUGACGCCCGGGCCGGCCGCGGGCGCUCCGGGCAGCCCCGCGCGCCACUUCGUCGACUGCAAAUUCUACCUGCUGGUGGUCCUCGGCGAGGUGGUCGCGGAGGACAACCUCAAGUGCGCCGUGGCCGACAUCGAGAAGGGCAUUCGCUCAUGGGACGCAAAUCUGAUGGACUGCAACCUGGACCAGGAACUCAAACUUUUUGUCUCCCGACACUCGGCGCGUUUCUCCGCAGACAUCAAAGGGCAGCGCAUUCUUCAUCAUAAGAGCAACGUGCUGGAGACAGUGGUGCUCAUCAACCCUUCAGAUGAAACCGUCAGCACCGAGGUUCGAUUGAUGAUCUCCGACUCCGCCAGGCACAAGCUUCUCGUCCUGUCGGGCCAAUGCACCGAAAGCACUGGCGAGCUCAUACUUCAGUCCGGAUCGUUUUCCUUCUCCAAAUUCAUCGACAUAUUCACGGACCAAGAGAUUGGCGAACUGCUGAGCACCAUUCACCCGGAAAACAAAGCCAACUUGACGCUCUUCUGCCCCGAUCAAGGCGACUGGAAAAACUCCAACCUAGACAAACACAACCUCCAAGACUUCAUCAACAUGAAGCUGAACUCGACGCUCAUCCUCCCUGAAAUGGAGGGCCUCUCCGAGUUCACCGAGUACCUGUCCGAAUCCGUCGAGAUCCAGACGCCUUUUGACAUGCUGGAACCUCCGGCCUCCGGUGGGUUCCUCAAGCUCUCCAAGCCGUGCUGCUACAUCUUCCCCGGCGGCCACGGCGACUCCGCUCUCUUUGCCGUCAACGGCUUCAACAUGCUCAUCAACGGCGGCUCCGACAGGAAGUCCUGCUUCUGGAAGCUGGUGAGGCACCUAGACCGCGUGGACUCCAUCCUGCUAACCCACAUCGGCGAUGACAACUUGCCGGGCAUCAACAGCAUGUUGCAAAGAAAGAUUGCGGAGCUGGAGGAGGAGCAGUCGCAGGGAUCGACGGCGAACAGCGACUGGGUGAAGAACAUGAUCUCGCCGGAUAUCGGCGUUGUGUUUGUGAAUCUUCCGGAAAAUUUGGAAAGCCCCGAACCUAAUUACAGAGUGCGCAGGAAUCUCGAGGAGGCGGCGGCUACUCAGCAAUUCCUCACUAAGCUGAAUCUGAGAACGGAGCCACUGCAGCGGCCUGUCGGAAACACGAUUGAACCCAUUAUCCUUUUUCAGAAGAUGGGCGUGGGGAAGCUCGAGAUGUACGUGCUCAAUCCGGCAAAGAACAGCAAAGAGAUGCAGCAUUUUAUGAAGCAGUGGACAGGAAGCGGAAAGGACACCGCUUCUAUGCUGCUGCCGAACGGGAAAGAGGCGGAGUUCCCCAUAUCUUACUUGACUUCUAUAAGCUCACUCAUCGUGUGGCACCCCGCGAACCCCUCGGAGAAAGUGGUGCGCGUUCUCUUUCCGGGAAAUGCCAGCCAGCGGCACAUCUUUGAAGGUUUAGAAAAGCUAAAGCACCUCGAUUUCUUGAAGCAGGCCGUCGUCACUCAAAAAGCAAUGCCUGUCGACCUGCCGGCGACGCCGACACUGAAGCAAGCCAAGAUGAAAAACAGAACAGACAGCAAAGAGAGCCUGAAGUCCACCCCAAAGCAGUCACCAAGCAAAGGUAUCAGGAAGGAAUCCAAGGAGGAGGUGGCAGAGAAAGCCAAGGCAGAUGCAGAUGAGCUGUCUCAUGAAAAGCAACAAAAGACAGAGAAGAAAGAAAAGACCCCCCUGAAGAAGGAACGAGCACAGGCCCCCGAGAAAGAAGCCAAGGUAAAACCAGACCAAACGUCCCAGAGAGAAACGCCAGAAAAAAAGACGUCUCUCAUCAAAGUGAAACCUGAAAAGGAGAGGAUUGCCAAAAAAGACAUUAAAAUAUCUCCAGAGAAGAAAAAGGAGCUUAAAAAAGACAUAGCCAAAAAAGAGGACACGCCUAAAAGAGAGAUUAAGAAAGAUGAAAGGGUGAAGAGAGAGGAAGCGAAGAAGAGGGACGUCAAAAAGGACGUCAGGAGAGAUUCUCCCAUGAAGGAGAAAAAGGAUGAAAAGAGGGAGCCGAAGAAGGAUGUUAAAAAGCUGUCAAAAGACACCAAAAAGGUAUCUGCUUCUGGUGAAGACAAAGGCCUGUCCCCAAAACCAAAGGUCCUGAAAAAAGAUGUGUCAAGGAAAGACGCAGGCACACCCUCAAAGCUGAAAGCCAAAGGAGGUUCAAAACCGCCAAAGGCGGAUCCUGCCAAAGAUGCCACUGCCGAAGUUGUUCUUAUGGUGGACCCGGAGGCAGAGAGGGCUGCUAUGUCUUCCCCUGAAGACCUCACGAAGGACUUUGAAGAGCUCCGAGCAGAAGAUCUGGUGGAAGACGCAGCGGCUGUACAAGACACCGUCGAAGAUGAGGCUGCGAUGACCCACUGUAAAGAGCCGAUGCAGACCAAAGAGUCCCCCGAGGCAUUGGAGUCUGUCGAUGAGGGUAUCGCCACAACAGAGGCUGAAGGAGACAGUGGAGCGACUCCAGAUGAACAAGCUCUCAAGGGAAAACUCAAUGGCAGCGGGAGUGAGAAGUUUGAAGACGAGGGCAUGACGGAAGAAGCGUCCGACGGAGCAGAUUACGAAGAGAAAGGGGAAACCGAGAAGGUUCACGAGGCACAGAAAGUGGCAUCAAAUCAAAACGAGCCCUGUGAACGUCUUGAUGAUCGCGAACGUGUAGAUGAUCGGCACACGGGCGAAAGCAUAGCAGAGAAAAAGGAACUGAUUUCUUCAGCAUCACCCAAAGAGUCAUCGCCCGUUUCUCCCGCCGCGUCCAUCCAUGAUGAAAUGCUUCCGGCCGCCGUCGAGAGUUCAACUGCCUCAGACGAAGCGCCUGAAGAGUUUACAGUCACCUCUGGCCUCACGCAGUCCACCAUUGAGAUCUCCAGCGUGCCGACUCCCAUGGAUGAGAUGCUGACUCCGAGGGACGGCUUGAGCGACGAAAUGGGCAAUGACGGGACUGACUCGCCGUCGCCGGACGUUGGCAGAAUUGGUAUAUCGAAAUCUGGAGAGGGUGAGAAGAACAAACUACCUUUACUUCAGAGUAAACCUGGUUCAGACUACUCCAAGAGCGAUGCAACGGAGGGCCAAGACUACAACCACACCGCUUCGACAAUAUCUCCACCAUCAUUAUUAGAAGAGGACAAAUUUCUUGGUGAAGGGAGAGCAGAAGGCUUUACCACACUUCAAGAAACAUUUGAAAAGCAGGACACAAAAUCGGCAAGGCUGGCUUCAACAUCACCUUUUGUGCAUUCCCCCACAAGUGACCAAAAAUACAACUUUGAUUCCCCGUCAAUGUUUGCCACCCCUAUUGAACUGUCCACCACCUUAGCAGGAUGCACCAGAGCAACAGGUGAUUCCACCCUCAGCCCAGAAGACAAAACAUUGGAAGGGGCAAGCUCCCCCCAGUCCUCCGGUCACACACCCUAUUAUCAGUCCCCUGUAGAAGAAAAAGCAAGAGCUCUGCCACCCAUGUCGGAAAACGAAGACCAGGGUCCGAUUAUUGUCGAAGUUACAAGUGACAAAGAGGUCUCCUCCAACAGGGAUACACCUGAGCCUGAUGAGAAAGAGUUUUUCUCCCCUACGGAUAAGGUUGCCUCCUCUCCAAAAGGCCCGCCUUCAACUGAACUCGACUCCCCCAUAAAGAAGGAAAUGGAUGACAUCGACCGAUCAGUCUUUUCCUCAACAACAUUGGCGAGACAGGAAUCGGAUACUUAUUCCGUCACAGCUUUCAAAGAAGAGAGCAAAAUGUCCAUUUCCGAAGGUAGUGCUUCAGACAAGUCAGGCACACCUCUGGAGGAAGUGGUAGCAGAGGACGUGUUUUCGCAUUUAGCCUCAGCUUCCACUGCCUCGCUCGCCACCAGCUCUCUGCCAGAGCCCACCACUGACUCCCCUUCCCUUCACGCAGAGGUCGGCUCUCCUCACUCAACAGAAGUCGAUGAUUCUUUGUCCGUUUCCGUCGGUCAGACGCCGACUACUUUCCAUGAGACGGAGGCGGCAUCUCCAUCCAAGGAGGACUGCCCUCGGCCCAUGUCCAUCUCCCCAGACACCUCACCAAAGACAAAAGUCAACACACAAAUGCAUGACACAAAGUCGCCUGAACAUUCUACCAUGUCAAUGGAGUUUGGCCAGGAGUCUCCCGACCACUCCUUAGCCCUUGACUUUAGCAAGCAAUCUCCAGAGCACCCAUCUGCAGGAAGCAACUCGCGUGCUACCGAGAACGGUCCGACUGAGAUUAACGACAGUCCUUCAGAUGUCGUGAGACCAUCAGAGGAGCAAAUCUCAACAGCCGAGAAGCAUUUGCUUUUUGACGACGCUGAUUCGGCUCAUGCUGCGUCUGUGACCCCGUCAGACGCAUCCCAGUCCACUCCCUCAGUCACAACCCCAUGCCAAAUGACAGAGUUGCCCCUGAUGGUUGACCAGACGGACGGGUCUCCAGUCACCCCAAAGGCUGCCUCUUUCACCCUCUCUCCCCCCCAAUCUCCCCAUUCAAGUGAAGCAUCCCCAGUUUCAGGAGGUCCCGUGGAAAGAGACAUCAGCCCCACUUCGCCGUCUGCGGAGCACAAGUCUGACACACAGGAAAAGCUUGACAAACCCUCUGAAAUGACGAAGGCAGCCUCUUUCACCCUCUCUCCCCCCCAUUCUCCCCAUUCCAGUGAGGCAUCCCCAGUCUCAGGAGGUCCCGUGGAGAGAGACAUCAGCCCCAUUUCACCAUCAGCGGAGCACAAGUCUGUCACACAGGAGAAACCUGACAAACCCUGUGAAAUGACAAAGGCAGCCUCUUUCACCCUCUCUCCCCCCCAUUCUGCCCAUUCCAGUGAGGCAUCCCCAGUCUCAGGAGGUCCCGUGGAGAGAGACAUCAGCUCAAUUUCACCAUCAGCGGAGCACAAGUCUGACACACAGGAGAAACAUGACAAACCCUCUGCAACGACUUCCCUGUCAUCAUCAUCAUUAUGGUAUUCAGACGAAGGGAAACCUUUGCCAGAAAAGGAGACCAACCCAUUUAUAUGUGAAGAUUCAACAUUUGAAACGAAAUCUCCCGUAAAACCAAAAGUCCAUUCCCAGUCAUAUCUACCUCUGUCGUCAUAUGCGUGCACUUACAAUGCAGCCUGCAGCUUCAGAGAGCCAGAUUCCUCCAAGAUCAGUCCAUCUGGCAUGUCGAAGACAGAUGUCGACCUCUGUUUAGUCACGUCGUGUGAAUACCGUCAUCCCAAGACAGAACUCUCACCGUCUUUCAUCAACCCCAAUCCCCUUGAAUAUUUUAUCAACGAGGAGAGCGCCCUGGAGGAAGAGAAGCCUCUUGAGAUGGUGGGAGGAGGGCCUCCACCUCCAGGGGGGAGGCUUCCCGUCAAGCAAUGUGAGGAAACCCCUCCCACAUCUAUCAGUGAAUCUGCCCCCUCGCAGACCGAUUCUGAUGUUCCGCCAGGGACCGAGGAGUGCCCCUCGAUCACGGCAGAUGCUAACAUUGAUUCAGAGGACGACUCAGAGACUCUGCCCACCGAUAGAACCCUCACAUACAGGCAUGCGGAUCCUCCUCCAGUGGCACUCAGGGACUCGGCUCCAUCUGCGGGGCCCCAUGAUGUCUGCAUGGUCAAUCCGGAGGCCCUCAAGGCUGAAGAAAAUCGCCACAAUGCUAACACGGAAGCUGCGGAAAAGCCCAAGAAGAAAAAGCUCACAAAAAAGGCUUCCUCUCCAGCUCGGAAAACCGGUCUGUCAAAAGUGAAGGACUCAAAGAACGCCUCUCCUAAGAAGAGUGUCGGAGAGGGGAAAGACGCCAAAAAUGCAACCAAUACGUCGGCAUCUCGAGGUACCGGCGGGAAAGCAUCGAGUGUGGCAUCCUUACCCAACUGUCCGCCCAUGUACAUGGAUUUGGUUUACAUCCCCAAUCACUGCAAUUCUAAGAACGUGGAUGCCGAAUUCUUCCAGCGGGUGCGCUCCUCAUACUAUGUGGUCAGCGGCAAUGACCAGACGUCUCAGGAGCCCAGUCGGGCCGUCCUCGACGCUCUGCUUGAAGGGAAAGCCCGCUGGGAAAACAAUAUGCAGGUCACGCUGAUACCGACCCACGACACGGACGUGAUGAGGGAGUGGUACCAGGAGAGCCACGACAAGCAACAGGAGCUGAACAUUAUGGUCCUGGCCAGCAGCAGCACGGUGGUCAUGCAGGACGAGUCUUUCCCGGCGUGUAAGAUAGAAAUGUAGGACAAGGUCGUUGAUUUUGGAGGCCUGUCGCCUUAACGAUGAGCGAACGUAACCGAGCGGUGGAGCCUGAAAACCGAAACAGUCACACCUACUUUCACAGACAUCAAAUAAAACACCCACAAUGCACUAAUAAAUGUCAACUCACGACUUUUCCGAGGAACUGUUACAACACCCUGAGACGAUCACAUUUUAGGUGAAAGAAAUGCAAAAAUACAUGCAUUGAUUUUCACUGUGUCCACCCAUCUUUUCAGUACAACACAAUGAGUUUUAGUCUUACCGGAUGGUUCUAGAAACAAGAUCUUUGCCUUACUGGGAUGUUGAGUAAUGAAUGUAUCCGACAAAUAGAACACUUAACGACACGCUAACGGACAAACAUCCUCGAAUGGUCGCACUUUUGGGAACACGAAGGCCCAAAGCCUGCGCUAAGGUGUUGUAAAAUAGUGAUGAAUAGCUGUGCGCAUGAAUUAGCAUUAGCUUUAUUCCUCAGACUUCCGUGAAGAAAUACAGGGCUUUGGGGUUUGGGGGGCUUGAUAAAAGAAUGUGCACAGUUGAGCCAGUCGUAAUUUUGGGUGCAGAUUUAGCGCUAAUUGACCUUUCGCAUAGCCACACCCUCGAAAUGCAGACCGGCCAAUCACAUAACGCUAUGCGGUCGUCUGCAUACUCAUUUGAAUCCCUCAAAAAUCGAUUUUGUCUGCAACGAUCUUAGUAAUGUACUUGUAUUAUCCAUGCACUAAUGCUACGCCAUCGUUAGUUAGCUCGUUAACAAAAAUGCUAGCCUACUCAGGUGGGGCUUGGUUGCAAUGCAUGGGACCAGCGAACUUGGGCUAUUAAAGCUAAGAAGCGUAGCUACUUUGCUCGUUAACCAAAAUGCAAACUCUACACUAUUAACAUGGGGCCCGGUUACGAUGCGUUGCGGUAGUGAGCUCGGACCAGCAUAGCUAACCAGGCAGGCUAGCUACACAAAAAUGCUACAGCUACGCUACUCAUGUGAGGCCUAGUUAUGAUCUGUGGCGCUAGCAAACUUUUCCAGCUAAGCUAACAGGCUAGCUGCGUGCGAUUACCUUCGGCCUACUCCUUUCCAUCCAAACAUUGAUUCAUUUAAGGCAGACUCAGCGCAGUAUGUCAAUUAACGAGGCAUUUCUUGAAAAAUGCUCUGGAUUAGCGCUUCAAGGCUAAAUGAUUUAGCCUAAAUCCAACCAGUUUCAAGGUGAAUGAGAGCGAAUGAUAAUUUGCAACAGCAAAAAUGGACACGUAAAACAAAACAGGAACAACCAUACAGUGAACCCACGUUCAUCGCGGUAAAUAUGUUUGUAAGACACCCACGCUAGGUGAAAAUCUGCGACAGAGUGCGGGCGGGGCUUCACUGGACCGGAUGAAUAUUACCAACCGCUGGGCUAUUGCAACUCACCGGAUAUGUCUUAAAUAAAAGUCCGGGCUCGACGAUUGCGACCAAACACCAACUUUCAAUGACAAUACAGCAAAACUCUCACUUCUUCUUCUUCUUGUUCAACUCUCUCUAAUAAUCUGCCUUUUUCCUCGCGUGGACGAUGUUUGUCUGCCGCGGCCGUGCGGUAUAUACUGUACUGUAUGUUUCUUGUGCUCUCACCACCGCCCUCGCACCUUCUUCAAACUCAUAUUGUACGUGAGCUCUCGCCAUUUGUUCCAAGUCAAAGUAUCCGUUAGCGCUUUCCGACUGUUUGUGUGUGCGAUGUGUAACAACCACCACUGCUGAAUGAUUCCAAAUUGCAAAACAUAACAAUAAAAAUGAAGUAUGUUGAAGAAAACACAAACAA